AUAAAGUCAGUGAUCUACAAGUGGAGUAGCGGCAAGUUUAACAAGUUUCAGGAAAUACCAACUGAAGGUGCCCUGGAAUGUGCUGCAUUUGUAAUAAAUAAUGGCACGUUUAUCGCUUUUGCCAACCAUUACAACUCCAAACAGCAGUAUUCAGUUCAGUCGACUGUGUUCAAGUCGUCAGGAGGACACUUUACUAAACUGCAGUCUCUUCAGACAUACGGCGCAUAUCGCGUGAACUCUGUUAACAUCAAUGGUCACACAUUCCUCGCCUUUGCUAACUAUUACUCUGGAAGUAGAUACAACACCGACUCGUUUAUUUACAAGUGGGAUGGCAACAAGUUUGUUCUGUUUCAGUCCAUUCCUACUCGUGGAGCCCAAGCUUGGCAUCCCUUUGUGAUCAGCGGUCAAACGUUCUUGGGUGUGGCUAAUCACUAUGGUGACAGUCAAAAACACAACACUCUGUCAGUUGUGUACCAGGCCUCUGGAGCGCAGUUCAUCAAGUACCAAGAGAUUCCAACACACGGGGCACGUGACAUGACAACAUUUGAGCACAAAGGUCACACCUACCUGGCAGUGGCAAACUCUUACAAUCAGAAAUACAACACCAACAGCACCUUGUACAAGUGGGUAUAGAGAUGAAAACGGACAGUCUCGGAUAGAAGUGACCAAAGACUCUAAAGAGCUUACGCGUAGUGUGUCAAGUUAGCUUUCGCUGUUGUAGACUAAGGGUAAUAAUCGAAGCCUUUUCUUACCAGUAAAUUGGGAUCGUUUUUUUGUGAUGCCAGGGAAAAUAUAACGAUCGAUUUAAAAUGAAAAUAUAGGAAAAAAUCAUGAUUUUUUUAGAGGUUGGCAUUUGUUGGUUAUAAAUCAGGUAAUGAUGUGUAGUUACUCAAGGCAAUAAUAAAGCUGUGCUUGGAAAUUAGCGGCAAAGUAGGAUGUCAAGUCUGGUGGUAUCUACAUAAAGCACGUUAAAACGAUAUUCGGAAAGGGUCUUUCGUGUUUAAACCUGAGUCCGUUAUAUCAGGGGGCUGCAAUGAACUUUCAGAUGAUAUUUUUACACCAAUGAUAGGUCUAGUAAGAACAGAAUAAUUGGAUUGCUCUUUUGAGCGUUCGACUUAUUGCUUGUACGACGUAAUAACUUGUUUCUUUGUAAUGGUCAAUGCACUUAGCUACAUUAAGCUAGUCCACACAGAUGCCACUGACUUAGCCUGAAAAGGACAAAUAUUUCAAAUAAACAUAAUAGGCUUAAAUAUCCCAACUAGCGGGAGGUAGAUCAGUUGGCUAUUUACAAGUAUAACCGAGGAGCUGAACUAGGGUCCGACCGAGAAACAACUCCAGCUUAGAGGCCCGAGCGAAACUCGAGCCGACUAUCUCCAGAUUUCAAGUCAGGCGCCCUAGCCAGUCGACCAUGCUGCCUUUCCGCUGACAAGAUAUCCAAAGAUUUAACAUCUACUCUAGCCGCUGUGUUGAAUAAACGCCCGUUCUAUUGCCAAUGUCAAUGUCUUUGAUACAGAGGCUGCUUUGAUAAGAUUCCCUGACUCGUCUGUUCUCUCCAGCAAAUUAAACUGUAAUGAUUUACCUAACUGUUAUGACAUUGUACGUAAAAAAUUUUAUGUAAAAUGACUAAAUUAAAGUCUGUCAAAGAAAAGAAACACGU